AUGGCACACAAUAGCUCUGCACACCACCUUCACAAUGUCGGCAACUGGAUGCCAGCAGAUCACAAAGCGCACAAAAAAUGGCUCGGCGAUGUAAUCAAAACAGUCAACGACACACAAAAACCACUCCACCCAGUCCUCCAAGAAUUCCAACAUCUCAUCGAAUCCAACACCCGCAUAUACAUGCUCAUAACAUCCAUGUUCGACGAAGUCCCCCACCAAAAUCGAUACGGCCACGACCCAACCGGAAACCCAGAGAUCCGCGACUACCACCACUUCCUCCGUGUCCUUAACCACCUGAUCACUAGCGCGCCUUCAUGGACCGAUAAGUCGCACCGGGUCGGUUUAGUCGGAUUGCCCAUCAACGCAGUGCUCGACUGGCCUAUGGGUACACCUAGCGGAUAUGCGGCAUUCCUGGAUCCGGAUAUCAACAAGAUGCUCAAGAAGAUCUUGAACGUCUGGGGUGAGUUCCUGGCCUCGCCUGCUUCGGCAGAUGUGCUGAAUGAUUCCUCGGAGGGAUGGUUUGGGGAGACGGGACGUCGGGAUCUGACGGCUAUCGCGAAGAUUGGACGUACGGCUGCUACGAAUCUACAGUUCCAUGACUUGUUUGAGUGUGAUCCUUCGAAGCCGAAUCAUGGUUUCAAGUCGUGGGACCACUUCUUCACGCGUGUGUUCAGGGAGGGAAUACGGCCUGUUGCGGAGCCGGAUAACGGAAAGGUCAUCGCUAAUGCCUGCGAGUCAAGACCAUAUCGAUUGGCCCGUCAUGUUAAUGCUCGUGACCAGUUCUGGAUUAAGAGUCAGCCUUAUUCGGUGUUGGAUAUGCUGGCGCGUGAUCCCCUUGCGGAGCAGUUUGUUGGUGGGACUGUUUACCAGGCUUUCCUCAAUGCUUUGAGCUAUCACCGGUGGCAUUCGCCGGUCCGUGGGAAGGUUGUGAAGGCUUAUGUCGUUGACGGGACAUAUUAUUCAGAGCCUCUUUUCGAAGGAGUUGGAAAUCCAGACGCCACGAAACAGGAGAUUGAUAUGGCAGGCCAAGUUACUUCACAGGGGUAUAUUACCUCAACUGCUACGCGUGCACUCAUUUUCAUCGAAGCGGAUGAGCCGGCCAUUGGGCUGAUGGCGUUUAUUGGAGUUGGUAUGGCGGAGGUCUCGACCUGUGAUAUCACCGUCAAGGAGGGUGAUCGAGUGGAGAAGGGUGAUGAGAUCGGUAUGUUCCAUUUCGGUGGCUCGACACAUUGUCUCCUUUUCCGGAAUGGUGUCAAUGUGUCGGGAUUCCCAGAGCAGGGAAUGGAGGAGAACGUGCCUGUUCGAAGCCAGCUCGCCGUUGUGUCCUGA